AUCGACUGACACCUUCAGUGCUUAGAAGCUGUGCCUGUGCCUGUACCUGACUUCACGAGGUCAAACAUCCGGGUAGGCAUGAUUUUUUCGAAAUUCUGCCACAUUUCCUCGCCUGCCACCUCUCUAGCACGAGAUGCCGAAUGAAAGUGAUGACAGGCCUACGUCUUUCGCUUAUCUGUACGCCGCCAUGAUUCAACAACGACUCCCCCGAAUCCGUAGCACGAUCAAACGAGCAUUAUCGCAAGACCAUGGCUCCGCACAACGCAUGACUUUCAUCACACAUGAUAGUCCACAGAGCCAUUCACCGCCACCAUCGUACAGAACAGAUGAAUCAGAAUCCUCAGACGGACAUCCAGACUUUUCUCCGCUCGAUCCCGACAUGUCGCCGAGUAGGCCUUCGAGCUCUGGCAGCUCUACCCCAGCCCGUCAAGAUGAGAACGCGAGCGGUGUGCGAUGGAGAUUCGCUGUGGCAGGCUUUCAAAUCCUUCGACUUGCAGAAGCAGAAGCUGCGAUGUCGAGCGAGAAUACCAAUUUGGUGCGAAGUCAAUACAUAAAUGGCACUGCGUGCAUUCUGAAAGGUCUGCCAACAGAGCUCAGCCCCGCCGAGACGCUUAUCCUCCGCGAGGCGAUUGCAGAUUUUCUUGCAGAGGAGCAGAGCCGCGACCGACGAAUGGUUCUUCGAGCAGAUCCAGUACUUCCAACUCGGCGCUCAGCAGCAUUGCAGCAGCAAUCCGUGCUCCAUCGAGCGGUGGCAUUUGCUACCCUUCAUGUGUUCCUCAUUGCGUCUUUCAUACUGCCAUAUAUGCAGAUGCUCCUACGCCAAGCAUAUCAGUUCGAUCGAAAGCACAAGAUAAGCGAUCGAGUGCUCGCAAACAGUUUCGUGGCUGCCGAUAAGAUGGGCAGAAGUACCAUGACGAUAGCUGGUCAGAUCUGCGCUAUGGAUGAUGGCAGGGUAGGUGAGCUGAUGAAGGUGGCUGGUAUGUAUGUGGUGCAAGGCUUCGGUGGCGGGAUUUAUGAUGGCAUUGGAGAGAGUCUCUCAGCAUUCGGCAUCCGUGCGGAGGAGAGACCGAACAUUGUGGCAUCAUCCCGUGAUGCAGCGAUCCCGCGUGAGAGACCGCAAUCCAGCUCAUUUUGAUGGCAAGUCAGGUGACAUGGCCCGAGGACGAUUUUGUGAUACCCCACCUGCACAGUUGUGCUUUUUGCUGCGUUGAAGCGAUUGGGCAUUGCUACGGGAUAGACAUUGAUAGGGAAUAGAUCCGCAUACAUUACCAACCUCCUCAGUCGC